CAACACGUGAGGCAGCAAUCAAACGUCUUUGACGGGUAUUUAAUUUCUCUGAAAAGCCUUGUGUGUACACUGCGUGAGGUACGUUUACAAGUAUUACAUGACCGAGGGAUGGGAGGAUGGGUGGAGUCCGGGUGGAGACAGUGCACUUUCAUAACCUGGGGGAACUUUAAAUAGCGGAGGACUGGAGGACAAACAUAAACAAACAUUCUCACAGGCUAACGACACCCACUGGAGAAAAUGGUCUAUGUAGCAGGAAUAAUUGUGUUGGCGUUCGCCUUGGCAGUGGAGGCCAAAGUUGGUGAUUCUAGUCUAUCCAGCUUCUGCUCAGAGUCGGAUGAAUGUCUUCUGUAUAACCUCACUUGCAAGGGGGUCGGCUACGAGGUGCGCAGGUAUGAGGCCACCAAAUGGGCGUCUGUCGAGGUGGAAUCCGUCUUCAUGGAAAUGGCCAUCAGCAAAGCUUUCUGGAAACUCUUCAGAUACAUCAUGGGGUCCAAUGAGGCUGGCAUAAAGAUUGACAUGGCAGCGCCCGUUAUCAUCAAAGGCCCAGACAGUCGAAGCAUGUGGCAGUCAUCAGGCUUCACCAUUAACUUCCUGCUGCCUUCCACCUACCAGCUCAACCAGGCUCCUGUUCCCAAGCCCAUCGACAGCGCCGUGAGCAUCAUUGAGACGCCUGACAUGCAGGUUUAUGUGAAGAGCUAUGGAGGCUGGAUGUCCUUUAUCUCCUCAAGGAUGCAGUCUCGUGCCCUGAGGAGCGCUAUGGACGCUGCCGGAGCAUCCUACGUCAGGGGGUACCACUAUGAUGUUGGCUACAACAGCCCUAUGAAGAUGACAAACAGGCACAAUGAGGUGUGGUACGCAGUGGAGGGCGAGCCUGUGUGCGCUGUGUAGCAGCUACCUGGAGCUGAAUGAAGCGGGAGUUGAGGAGGGAGGAGGAGGGAGCUCUUUCCACAUGUUACAUCAGCUAACUACUUGGUGUUGCAGGGACUAUUCAUUGUGCCAUGUACAUGUAUCUUCUGUAGAGGACCCCAUUCAUUAGUCCUGUUUUAGGACCGUUUUUUCCCCAAAUGUAUUCACCUUAUUCACGCGGCGGCCAUUUUGUAAACCAAAACGAGGCAACAGGGUACACUUAUAUCAUCAAUGCAUUCUCGCCACCUACUGAAGAAUGCAUAGAAAACAACAAUCCUAUUGUUUGUGUACAUUGUAGCCUCGUUUUACACAAUGGCCACUGUGAGAGUAAGGUCUUGAAUAGUCUUGAUAGUUCAGACUGAUCUUGAUAUUCAUAAAAUUGCAGCACUGUGUUUUGUUGGGAACCAAAUAA